AUGCGGUUAACACAAGAAGAAGCACCAAAAAAAACAGAAGAAUCAUUCGAGACUGAAAUUUGCAAAGAUAAAGACGCCGGAGAAUGGUUUAGGCUGGUAGCCGGAGAAGGAGAUACUUGCAGAGAUGUUAUUCAAUGUACAUCAUCGGGUCUUCAAGCCAUUAGGUGCCCUGCGGGUUUGUUCUUUGAUAUUGAAAAACAAACUUGCGAUUGGAAAGAUGCCGUGAAAAAUUGUAAAUUGAAAAAUAAAGAAAGAAAGGUUAAACCUCUCCUUUACACGGAUGAACCUUUAUGUUCGGAUGGUUCUUUAGCUUGUGGUGAUGGAGUAUGUAUCGAAAGAGGUCUUUUCUGUAACGGAGAAAAAGAUUGUUCUGAUGGUUCUGAUGAAAAUUCAUGUGAUAUCGAUAAUGACCCUAACAGAGCUCCACCAUGCGAUCCUGCCGUGUGCGUUUUGCCAGACUGUUUCUGUUCCGAAGAUGGCACUACAAUCCCAGGGGACUUGCCCGCAAAAGAUGUCCCUCAAAUGAUCACCAUAACCUUCGAUGACGCCAUCAACAAUAACAACAUUGAGUUAUAUAAAGAAAUGUUUAAUGGUAAAAGAAAGAAUCCAAAUGGUUGUGACAUCAAAGCCACUUUCUUUGUCAGUCAUAAAUACACCAAUUACUCCGCCGUACAAGAAACCCAUAGAAAAGGUCACGAAAUUGCAACUCAUUCGAUCACACACAACGAUGAUGAAAACUUUUGGAGCAAUGCAACGGUUGAUGAUUGGGCCAAGGAAAUGGCUGGUAUGAGAAUAAUCAUUGAAAAAUAUUCAAACAUUAGCGAUAACAGCGUUGUGGGCAUGCGUGCUCCUUACCUCAGAGUCGGUGGAAAUAACCAGUUUACUAUGAUGGAAGAACAAGCUUUCCUUUAUGAUUCAACCAUCACGGCUCCAUUGUCUAACCCGCCUCUUUGGCCGUACACCAUGUACUUCCGAAUGCCUCACAGAUGUCACGGAAACCUUCAAAACUGUCCGACAAGAAGUCACGCCGUUUGGGAAAUGGUAUUGAACGAACUCGACCGAAGAGAGGAUCCAAAUUUCGAUGAAUAUUUACCCGGAUGUGCUAUGGUAGACUCCUGCUCAAACAUUUUAACCGGAGAUCAAUUUUACAACUUUUUAAAUCACAAUUUCGACAGGCAUUACGAACAAAACCGAGCUCCUCUCGGUCUUUAUUUCCACGCCGCAUGGCUUAAAAACAAUCCAGAAUUUUUAGACGCUUUCUUAUAUUGGAUUGACGAAAUUUUAGCUAACCACAAAGACGUUUACUUUGUCACCAUGACUCAGGUUAUACAAUGGAUGCAAAAUCCGACUCCGAUAUCCGACGUAAGAUCAUUUGAACCUUGGAAGGAAAAAUGUGCUCCGGAAGGUCCACCUGCUUGCUGGGUACCACACUCAUGUAAAUUAACUAGCAAAGAAGUCCCGGGAGAAACCAUUAAUUUACAAACAUGCGGGGAUUGCAGAGAUGUAGUUCGGUGUGACAAAGCCGGAGAAAAUGGAGUUACUCGAUUAGCAGCUGUUCGAUGCCCGAACGGAUUGGCCUUCGACAUCGACAGACAGACUUGCGAUUGGAAAACUCACGUUAAAAAUUGUGAUCAAUUGGAGAGUGAGUGCACAAAAUCUGGUAUUAAACAAAUCACUUGUCCUUCUGGGUUGGCUUUCGACAUUGAUAAACAAACUUGUGACUGGAGGGCUAAAGUGACCAACUGUGACAAACUCGACAAACCAAGAAAAGUCCUUCCAAUAUUGAAAACCGAUGAACCUGUUUGCCCAGAAGGAAAACUUUCAUGUGGAAAUGGCGAGUGCAUUGACAAAGAACUCUUCUGUAAUGAUAAACCAGAUUGUAAAGAUGAAUCUGAUGAAAAUGCUUGCACCGUGGAAUCAGAUCCCAACCGAGCACCCGAUUGUGAUCCCACCCAAUGUAUUUUACCAGAUUGUUUUUGCUCUGCUGAUGGUACUAGGAUUCCUGGACAAAUUGAACCAAAUCAAGUUCCACAAAUGAUAACAAUUACUUUUAAUGGAGCCGUCAAUGUAGAUAAUAUAGACUUGUACGAAGAAAUUUUCAACGGACUAAGACAAAAUCCAAACGGUUGUCAAAUCAGAGGAACGUUCUUUGUUUCUCACAAAUAUACCAAUUAUUCAGCCGUACAAGAUUUACACAGAAGGGGACACGAAAUUUCAGUCUUUUCUUUGACUCAUAAAGAUGAUCCAAAAUACUGGACUGAAGGAAGUUAUGAUGACUGGUUGGCCGAAAUGGCAGGUGCCAGGCUCAUUAUUGAAAGAUUCGCCAACGUUACUGAUGGAUCUGUGAUUGGUGUCAGAGCACCUUACUUAAGAGUAGGAGGAAACAAACAAUUCGAAAUGAUGGCUGAUCAAUUUUUCGUAUACGAUGCAUCAAUAACUGCACCUUUAGGUCGUGUUCCAAUCUGGCCGUACACUUUGUAUUUUAGAAUGCCACACAAAUGUAAUGGAAACGCUCAAAAUUGCCCAAGUAGAAGUCAUCCAGUUUGGGAAAUGGUCAUGAACGAACUUGACAGAAGAGAUGACCCCACCUUUGACGAAUCUUUGCCAGGUUGUCACAUGGUCGAUUCUUGUUCUAACAUUCAAACUGGUGAACAAUUUGCCAGAUUAUUGAGACACAAUUUCAACAGACAUUUCAACAGCAACAGGGCUCCUUUGGGUCUUCAUUUCCACGCUUCAUGGUUAAAAAGCAAAAAGGAAUUUAGAGAAGAACUUAUUAAAUUUAUUGAAGAAAUGUUGGACAGAAACGAUGUUUACUUUGUAACAAUGUUGCAAGUUAUUCAAUGGAUGCAAAAUCCAACAGAACUGACAGCUUUGAGAGACUUCCAAGAAUGGAAGGAAAAAUGUGAUGUCAAAGGACAGCCCUACUGCUCUUUGCCAAACGCUUGCCCACUUACAACUAGGGAAUUGCCUGGUGAAACUUUGCGUCUUUUUACAUGUAUGGAAUGUCCAAAUAAUUACCCAUGGAUUUUAGAUCCUACAGGUGAUGGUUUUUCUGCCAAAAAAUGA